CUCAGUGGAAGCCCACCAUUGCAGACUCUCCACCGAAACCAACUCGAACCUUUCAGACCCAUUUUCUUCGACUUCACUUUCUCCUCCAUUAAGCUUCCUCAGUUCUCACUGAUUCUUCUGAUCCAUUGAAACCAUGAGCAAAUUCAGCAGAUUCCAUCUCAUUGAGCCCUACUACAGCCAUUACCCUUCUCUUCUACUCACCGAGGCCGAGACCUCCAUUGUCGUCCCCAAACCUCUCUCAUUCCCCGAUGUGGAAGAUUUCGAUUUCGCCUUCGACUUGUUGAGCCAUUCUCGUGUUGGACCUCCCGCGUUUGACGUCUUCGAUUCCUUCACCGAUCUGGUUCAGAUCGACGAGGCGCCGUCGUUUUCGUCGUACAGACGGAUUCGGAGAGUUGAGAGAUCGAGAGAUGAGGUUUCGUUGAGGAAGCUGAGUGACCGAGUUACUCAGCUCGAGUCGCGGAUUGAUCGGCUGGCUAGUGCGAGGUUUAGCAGGUAUGGCGACCAGAAGUACACAUGGACGAAGGAAAUCAAAGGAGUGGAGAAGAACAGCGUCGAUCGGAAGUAUAAACUGGUAGCUGAGUUCAAAGAUGGGAAGAAGAAGAACGAGGGCAAGAAUGGCGGGGUUUUGCAGAACUACAAGUGGAGUGCUGAGAUUAAAGGGAAGAACGAGAGGGAUCCGGUCCGGAAGUACACUGUGGAGGUCUCGACUGGAAAUGGAAGUGAGUGUACAGAAAAGGAGGAGAAGAAGAAGAAGGGGAAGAAGGUUGGGGAUGAGACGCGUGUGGUUGAGAUUGAAGACUCCGAUGAUCAUGGAGCUGUCGUUUUAAGACAGGCAUUUGCCAAGAGAAGUAGAGUUAUUGAAAGUAAGAAGGGUAAGAAGAAGGAGCUGUGUCCUCAAGAUGCAGCUAUUAUCAUUCAGAUAAGCUUUAGAGAAUACCUAAUUCACAGGUCAAAGGUUCUCCGUGCUCUUAGAGAUCUGUCAGUUGCCAAGACAAAGUUGAAGGAGCUCAGGGCAUCCUUCAAUAACUAUGCUUACUGUAAGCGGCUAGCUUGGGAUGCAGAGGAGCGCCAGAGGUUCACUGAAAAGUUAAUUGUCUUGCUCCUCACUGUUGAUGCUAUUGAGGGAGUUGAUUUGAUGGUGCGAACUGCAACGAGGUCGAUGAUCGUCGAGCUAGAGGCCAUGCUUGACGUGGUCGAUCCCCAACCUGCUAAAAGGUCGAUUUCCUUUCGGAGGAGGAUGUUCGAUAUGCCCAGUCAAAGCAUCAAUGAGGAAAUUGCAGCUGGUGUAGCCGAGGUAGUCGAGAUGAUUGAUCAAGCAGAAAACAACGUCAAUGCUCAUGAGUCCUCUGAAUAAAGUGACAUGAUAUCAUUUCGAGUCAGAGGUUCGUUUUAGAAGAUCGACGAGAUGUAAGCCUUUGGCGCGUUUCGAUCUAGGACGGAGCGUUUGAUUAUGCAGUUCUAACGUUCUCAGUUUAGUUGUGAAUUGUCUUCCAAAUGCUUAUGCUCCUUCAUCUUUUGCUUGUAAUCUGUCAGAACCAUAUUUCCCCUAUGGAUUGUAUCUAUGUGAUAUGAAACCUCUGGACCGUUCCUCUCCA